CCCCUCCCUCCUUGUAUUGUUCUGUCAAGUUUGGCAAUUUGCUCUGGAGGAAUCCACCUUGUCGUAUCGAUACACCUUGGUUUCGUGCAAGAAUUUCAACGCCUUUGUCAAUUCCGCCGUCUCCGUCACGAACAUUGUUUAUUACUUGCUUGCGAUUGCUUUUCAGUGCCUUUUGCUGAAAUAUCACCCUUUCCUACACAGUGCUGGGCGGCGGAUUCCUUAACGCAAUUCAGCAGGACGAAAACAAUUUGAUCGCCUCAAAGCGAACGGGGGUUCAGUGCCUGGUUGUCCGGACCAUACCACCACGGAGUUGGACGCGUAAUCGUGCGCUGGGCUGAGCGAUGGCGUCCAGUUCGACCUUGCAGAAGGCGAUCGACAUCGUGACGAAGGCAACGGAGGAAGACCGGAACAAAAACUACGAGGAAGCGCUUCGCCUCUACGAACACGGCGUAGAAUACUUUCUGCACGCGAUCAAGUAUGAAGCGCAAGGUGAUAAGGCGAAGGACUCGAUCCGAGCGAAGUGCUUCCAGUAUCUGGACCGGGCGGAAAAGCUGAAGGAAUACCUGAAGAAGGGCAAAAAGAAACCGGUGAAGGACGGGGACGGUGCGGCGAAGGAUGACAAAUCGAAGGGGAACGACAGCUCCGACUCGGACUCGGACGAUCCGGAGAAGAAGAAGCUGCAGGCGAAGCUCGAGGGUGCGAUCGUGGUCGAGAAGCCGCACGUCAAAUGGUCGGACGUGGCCGGGCUGGAAGGUGCCAAGACGGCGCUCAAGGAGGCGGUCAUACUGCCGAUCAAGUUCCCGCAUCUGUUCACCGGCAAGCGGAUGCCGUGGAAGGGUAUACUGCUGUUCGGGCCACCCGGUACCGGUAAAUCGUACUUAGCGAAGGCCGUCGCAACCGAGGCCAACAACUCGACCUUCUUCUCCGUGUCCAGCUCCGAUCUCGUCUCGAAGUGGCUCGGCGAGUCGGAGAAGCUCGUCAAAAAUCUGUUCGAGCUGGCCCGCGCCCACAAACCGUCGAUCGUCUUCAUCGACGAGGUCGACUCGCUCUGCUCGGCCCGGUCGGACAACGAGAGCGAGAGUGCCCGGCGCAUCAAGACCGAGUUCCUGGUGCAGAUGCAGGGCGUCGGCAGCGACAACGACGGGGUGCUGGUGCUCGGCGCCACCAACACGCCCUGGAUACUGGACUCGGCGAUCCGGCGCCGGUUCGAGAAGCGCAUCUACAUCCCGCUGCCGGACGAGCACGCCCGGCUAGUCAUGUUCAAGAUCCAUCUCGGCAACACGGCCCACACGCUGACCGAGGACAAUCUGCGCACGCUCGCGAGCAAAACGGACGGCUUCUCCGGCUCGGACAUCUCGAUCGUGGUGCGGGACGCGCUGAUGCAGCCGGUGCGCAAGGUGCAGACGGCGACCCAUUUCAAGAAGGUGAGCGGCCCGUCGCCGGUGGACAAGACGACGAUCUGUGACGAUCUGCUGGUACCGUGCAGUCCGGGCGAUCCGGGCGCGAUCGAGAUGACGUGGGUGGACCUGCCGGGCGACAAGCUGUUCGAGCCGCCCGUAACGAUGAACGACAUGCUGAAAUCUCUGGCCAGUACGAAACCGACCGUAAACGAGGAUGACAUGAAGAAGCUGGACAAAUUUACCGAGGACUUUGGCCAAGAGGGUUAGGCGAUUCGAAAAACAGAAGAUAUUCGACUGUGUGUGUGUGUGUAUUUGUGUGGAAGAGAUGGACACAGGGAGAGGGAGAGAGAGAGAGAGAGAGGGGGAGGGGAGGAAAAUCAUUAGAUAGAAAGGAUUUAUUGUCUCUUUCAAGGUGAGCGCGCGAACGGGUUAGAGAUUGUGGCAGCAAAGUCUAAAGUCAGUUGUAACGCAAGGAAAGGCGCGCAGGCAAAGCGUACGUGUGAGUGGUGGGUGUGUAUCUGCGUUUGUGUAUGUGUGUGUAUGUGUGUGUGUGUAUCGAGGCACCGGGGGGAUAGCGGACAAGGGACGAACGGCAAAACACAACAUACAUCAUCCAUCACGCAAACACUGGAUUUAUGCAAACGAUUAUUAAAAAUAUUCUUCGUUAGAAGCAAACACCACUACACUCAACUGCAAAUACACAACCACACACACACACACACACGUGCGCGUGCGGGAGGAAGCAUAAAGUGGAGAGAAGAGGAACAAAAGUAAUUAAAACUCUAACACUAUCGACUCUAUAUACAUGUAUGGAAACAAACAAAAAAUCCCGUUGAUCUAUGUAUCAUCAUUUCAAAAUAAUGCCUUGCCGUGUAGCAAUACUGGCGCGAAAUAAAUCUGUUAUUUUCUGUUAAUGCCGAUUUACAACCGAAUUGGCGGCGCAUA